CCUGCACUUCAGAAGCUGCAGAUUCGAUGAGUUUUACUGCAAAGUACCGUAUUUUUCGCUCCAUAAGACGCACCUAGGUUUCAGAGGAGGAAAACAAGAAAAAAAAUAUUCUGAACCAAUGGACUGCGGACAUAGUACAGGAGAUGACCAGAGACUGCGGACAUAGUACAGGAGAUGACCAGAGACUGCGGACACAGUACAGGAGAUGCCCAGAGACUGCGGACACAGUACAGGAGAUGACCAGAGACUGCGGACACAGUACAGGAGAUGACCAGAGACUGCAGACAUAGUACAG